AUGGAGUUCCUCAAGUUCAGCGUCAAGCCGCGCACGAGUUUCCACGGCACGAUCGUGUUCCAGUUCAAGACAGCGGACGACGCAGAGCCCACGACGACGUACGCCGUGGAGAUUGACGACGAGCAGCACGUGGUGACGCGCAAGAACGUGGACGCCAGCGACGUGCGUGCCACGUGCGACGUGAAGAUCUCCAUGGACGAUUUUUUGUAUGUCUACUCGGGCAAAGCAUCGAGCUCGGACCUGCUGAAGCUCUUUUACGCUGGACGCGUAGCGAUCAGCGGCUACGCGUUCCGCAGCGUGUCUAAAUUUGCCCAGAGCUUUGACUUUUCGUCGGAAAAGUGGUGCAGUUUCUACGCGUGGCAGAAGGCACGCGAUGAGAAGACCCGCGACAGUCGUGCACUAGGCAUUGGUGAAGAGAGGAGUAUCGUGGACGCGCCGUCGAGAGACGAUUGGUAUUUGCAUGCAAAGACGAUGUUGGACAGCUUCAAUUUGAGCCGAUUGCAGCGGCUGCUGUGGGAGACGUCGCUGACGCAUUUGUUCGGCGAGAAGAUUGUUCUCGACAGUGUGCGGCGCGCGUCAGUUCGUGACAGGAAGAUUGCUGCUGGCAGGUACAGCGCUGCCGCAAGUGUCAUGGGAGACGCUGGAUGUGUGUCAGCAGUGCUGAAACGACGCGCAAUAGGCGCGAUCACAGCAGGUCAGCUUCCCUAUGGGCGAGAUCAACGCGCAGUGUUGGCGCGCUUCCUGCACCCUUGCAGGAAGCAGUCGGCGGUUGUUGCCAAGUCGCUAGCACUCGGCAAUCCAGAGCAAACGGCGAGCGCAAUGUUCAACUUUGUGAACGAAGACUACGUGGGAGACGUGCAGCGCUACGCCAAGCAGCGCCAACAGCGCCGCCACUACCGCAAUCGCGUCGAUCUCGGUGAUGCUGGCAUGGCGCAGUUGGACAAGCUCGUGCAGGUGAUUGGCAAGGGCGGUCACUCGAACGCGAAGCGAGACAACCGGUCCAAGUACGUGCCUGCGCCCGAGCGACUUUUGCGCGAGUUCCGGGUCAAUGUGGCUUCGCUCAUGGACACGGUGAAGGAGAAAGCGUCCGGUCGCAAGGCGCUUUGCAAGAUACCCGCACCGGAGAUGAACUGGCUUGUGCGCAACGGGCGCUCGGGCAGUAUGGUGAUUGCCGACAGCAGUAGUGGCAGUACUGGAAAAGGGAUGUCUGCUAAGCCGUUUGCUGCCAUGUCGCCGUUGCCGAACUUGCCCCAGACCUUUGUCGUGGAAGUGAACCGAGCAAAACUUGCUCGCAACCGAAAGCGCUUUGACGUACCGAAACAGCGCAUUAGGGCCAAGUUUGCGUCCAUUUCGCGCGAGCUCGUGAACCCAACGAAUCCCGUUGCAACGCCCUUUGACGAGCACUUGGUCUUUUCGGAUUACCUGUAG